AUGGACACCGACAACCUCAAGGUCAUCAAGCUGCUCAUGAUCGGCCCUUCUGGAGCCGGGAAAUCAGCACUGUUGAUCAGAUAUUGCGACGACCAGUUCGACCCAGAAUCCUCGACGGCCACUAUCGGCGUCGACUUCAAGGUGAAGAAGCUGUCGGUGCGAGGCACUUCGUAUCGCCUGAACCUCCUCGAUACCGCGGGCCAAGAACGAUUCCGGACCCUCUCGAACAGCUAUUACCGCGGUGCCCACGGCGUCAUCCUAGUGUAUGAUAUCUCCAACCGGGACAGCUUCCUGUCCAUGGGUCGGUGGUUUGAAGAAGUCCAGAACAACUCUAUGCCCGGGACGAUUACAUACUUGGUCGGGAGCAAGCUGGACAAAGAGGUGUCGAGAAAAGUCAGCGCCUCGGAGGGGGAGGCACUUGCGUCUAUCCACGGCGCGCAGUUCUGCGAGGUCAGCUCGAAGACCCGCGAGAAUGUGCGGAAGCCGUUUGUAGAAAUCGUUGAUACUAUCGUCUCCACGCCGGGGUUGGUAGAGCAGACACAGCGGGAAUCGAAUGGUAUCACCUUGGGCAAUGCGGCGUCACAGAUUUCUUCCGGAUGUCUAUGUUGA